AUGGUGUACUACAUACGAUUCUUGAAAACACCUCGGACGCAAAUAGUCAAACCUGGGCUCGUUUCAGUCUCGACAUUAAUCUCCAUCACAACUGACCUCGGAGACGCAUUCCUUGCUGAAGACGUCGUAUUGCAAGCACAAUUAAUCGACGGUACUGACAUCAACACAAAAUCAAACGUCUUGCAAGAAAGUAUAUUCAAUUGGGAGGCCGGCAAACGAGAAUUAUCAAUAUCCAUCGGCCCAGUUCGAGUCGGCUCAAAGAUCUCAAAGGUUGUACUGGCGAUUGGACCAAAGACUUCGUCUGCGACUUUAUAUACAGAUCUGAGCAAUUCGAGAAACGUGCCGUUGGUGAUUUCAGGAUGGAGUGCGCCUUUCAGUAUUGCUCAGAACGCUCCGGCCGAAAAAUUGAUUGAAAGAAGAUUCAUACUGCAAGAUACCCGACUAAGAAUAUGGGAAGAGACAGGGAACAAUAUUGCGCGGCAUAUAUGGGAUGCCGCUCUGGCAGCUAUUAUAUGCCUACAGGAUACUAUCAACAGCUCUGGCGAGUGCAGUAUGCCGCGCCUUCAAUCCCGGCUUCGGACCAAGGGGAAGCUACAGGUCAUUGAACUAGGGUCAGGCUGUGGCGUGGUUGGGAUCGCUCUUGCACAGAUACUGUCUAACUGCUCAGUUACGCUCACCGACCUCGCAGAAGUAGACGAUAUCAUGACCCGUAAUCUUCAGCUAUCCGCACCUGGCUCAUCGACUCGAUUCAAAGUCCUUGAUUGGGAGGAAGAGCUAGACGCGGAUAUCCUACAGGAGCCAAUCGACCUCGUGCUGGUAUCGGAUUGCACUUAUAAUGCUGACAGCCUGCCAGCGUUAGUCAAGACCCUGGAUCGACUGGUGCAAUCGUCUCCCGAGGCGGUUGUUCUGGUGUCGUUGAAGAGACGGCAUGAGAGCGAGGCUGUGUUUUUUGAUUUGAUGCGACAAUCCGCGCUUGUUGUGAUGGAAGAAGCGGUUCAUACACUCCCGGCGCCGUACUUGGAUGAGGAUCGAAUUGAGAUGUAUAUUUUUGCGCGAAAUAAGUCAUCUCAGAGCAACUGA